ACUACUAUUAAAUACUAAUCGAAAUGGACGAGGUUACGUCAUCUAAGAAGGCGAUGGAAGGAGCGAAGAAGGGCCGAUGCUUAGCUUCAAUCGGAGAAGACAUUUUUCGAGACAUCCUCUCGAGGCUCCCUGCCUCAUCCUUCGCGUCCGCCGCCUGCGUUAGCUGCUCCUGGAACCGUCUCUGCAACCAAAUCCUUUCUCGCCCCAAGCUCCUAUCUGCUCUCUCUCUUAACCCCCUUCUCGAGCUUGCUGUAAAAGAGGUUAUCGAUAAGGUUCUGGCAGAGCCAAUUCGACCACAUUUCGCCAUUGCCUGUGUUGGCCCGAAAUUCUGCCUCAAGAAGACCCAUCGGCUUGUUACGAAAAGUUUGAGCUUCCGAAUCCCAAUUGUCGUUUCUCAAGGUCCUGGUAUCAUCGGUAGCGAUGCUGUCUCCAACGAAUUUAGAGAGGUUAAAUGGGUGAAAGGGGAUUGGGAAGCAGUGAAUUCACAGCGAAACAUCAAUCGUGGAAUCGUUCUGAUUGUUGGAUUCGUGCCAGGAUUAAAAGUCAGUGCCAUUCCUUUGUUGCGACCAAUGGAUGUAAGAAUGCUGAACGUGGCUCCUCCAGUCUCCUUAAUCGACAAAUUUGUGAUGGACAUUAAAGACUAUGUGGCCUCUGUAUCUGGUUGCACCUCCCCGGCAGCAAUUUUGAUGUUUGGAGGUCAACAUUCUGACAUGAAACCUGUUCUCGAUAAAAUGGACUAUGCCUUCUCUGAAGAAACUGUCGUUGCGGGUAAUGAGUGUGGUUGCUUCUUAUAUAGCAGUGGAACUGAUUUUGAAGUCAUUGGUGGGAGCAAAGAAUACUUUUCAUGCAAGAAUACUGAAAAUCAUAUAUAUCAAAAUCACAAAUGCGGUGCUGUUGCUAUAGUCUUUGCUAAGGAUAGAGGCAAUUCUCCUGGUGAUGGGGAAAUUCACUUUCAUCUUGCAUUGUUAACUGGUGUGUCCUCUGUGGGUCCUACUUACAAAGGGGCUUCAGUUAGAGUAACAAAAGAAAAAGAAUCUACAUGGCUUACCGCGAGAAGAGAAGGGUCCAAUGAGAAGCUUGAUGGUCGAAGAAUUCUAGAUGAUAUUGAUGAUGAGAUCCAAAGUGGUGAUUUGUAUAUUGGGGUUACAAGAAGAAGAAAAUGUUUCAUUGGCUCAGAGAAAGGGAGAUUGGUUUCGUCCUUGGCAUUUCAUGAAAUUCAAGACGGAGAUGAGGAGUACCUUUAUGUCAAAGGUGAUGGAAUUAAAACUGGGGACUCCUUCUGUUUUUACCAUCCAAAUCCUGAAGCCGCUUUAACAAUACGUGAUAACAUCUACGAGGAAUUUAGAAAUUUGAAGCAGGAUUGGGGGUCGGAAGGUUGCCAUCUUGUGAAUGGAGCCGUUGCCAGUGGUGAUAGGAAGGAAGUUUGUGGGGGUCUCAUCUUCUCUUGUUAUGGUCGUGGUGAGUCCUUUUUCGGGCGCCAACAUGUUGAUAGCUCAGUAUUUUUGGAGAACUUCCCUGGGGCACCAUUGGCAGGGAUGUUUUGCUUUGGGGAAAUCGGACGUGGUUCUACUAUCUUGAAUAGAAAUGAUAUUGAAAAUCAAAACUCUAGAUGUUGUCUACACGUUUAUAGCACAGUUUGUUUCAUUAUGGUGCAUACUAUGAAAUCUUUGGGACGUUAGAUCCUUCAGAAAAGUAUUUUGGUCCCUGAGCCAGCAUGUCCCUAGUGUGUGUACACCAACUGGAGCAAUUUGAAGUCAAUUGUAAAAAUUUGAUACC